GCUGAUUGCCUCCAGACAGACAUAACAUGGCCGACCUGUCAGAAGCCCAAUGAGGAAACGGCCGAGUUUAGCAUAAUCGAUACCCUUUUCACGUCGUUUGGGCUCAUAUUUCACUAUCGUGGACAACAUUUGCCAACAGUAACUAAGGUGAGUUUAAUAAGAAGAUCCCUGAAAGUGCGAGAGUAGGCUCUCAAUGAAUCACUGCCUAGCUAGCUAACGGUUAGCUCGUGUGAUAGCUAACUGGCUAUAACACAGAUUGAAGGGUUUGUACAAAUCUUUAGCUAUAACAAGCCAGUCUCAGGCAGUGCAUAAACAUUCCCUCAACUAACUAACUAGCUAGCUAUCAUUCCAAAGAAAAUUUUGCGAAAGCUUGUGACUUCCCUAUGAAACCUUGCACUGCAGUGUUCGUAGUUUGCUAGCUAGCUAAGGUAACUAGCUAAUUUGGUUUACAUGCAAGAAAGCAGCCGGUGGUGGCAGCUCAUUUAGCUCGCAUUUGCCAAUGCAUGCCUGUCGCUAUCAAGUUAUAAUUUGGCCUUCUUUUCUACAAUUCAGGGAUGUAUUCAUUACGUCUUGCAACGGAAUCCGUUUAUCGUUUAAUAACCAAACGGAAGCAAACGGAACGAAACGGGAAGGACCUAACUGAAUUUAUCCAAUAGAAACGUUCGUUUUCCGUUUGGGGUAAACGGUUUCCAACAGUUGAAACUUUUUGCAAAUUAAUCGGUAUAAUGAAUACACCCCAGCUACUGGAUCGCUUCAGUUUGUACGAAACAGGAGGGAACGUUUUUAUAACGGUUCUUGCCACGCUGAACGCCCGUUUGAAAUGUUUUCCCCAUUUUUAUUACCACUGAACAAGCCCCCAAUAUUGUUUCAGAUGAGCGGGUUGCCAGAUGGCGUGGUGAAUGGCCCCAGCCAGAGCAACCAUGCAGGGAAGGAUGGCCAGGUGUGGGAGAGACCCUGGACCCUGGAAGAGAUGCGACAGACCAGCGCCAACUGGUCCCUGGCUGCAGACUCAGGGGUAGGCUAAGUGGCAUUUGUUUAUGGCCUUCAUUUAGGCUAGUAUCUCUGAGUUAUUAUUCAGUCUCUGAGUACCUGACUGUUUCGUCUGCAUUCAGCAAUGUGUAAUAGUCUCCUAAUCUACAUAUUAUGGGUAGAGCAAUCACUUAGGAUUGUAAACAUAGCAAUGCAUUUGCAUGCAAGAGAUUAACUAUUUCUCUCAGUGCCAAACACAAUGGCCGCUUGUGGAAAAUCGGAUACACUAUUGAAUAGAUGAAGAUGAAACCGAUGUUAGUAUCCCCUCCUCCACAGCUCUUCCUGUUCCUGCAAGACUUCUCCCAGAGGAUGCUGUCAAAAACUCAUGAGAUAGAGAAGCAGCUGGAUGGACUGAUCAGGGACACCAAGGCCACAGACUGCUGCCUGCAUACCGUCUUCAACGACUUCCUCAUGCUCUCCAACACACAAUUCAUCGAAAACGUAUGUUGUGGUGUGAACAGGAAAUACCAUGGUUGCGUUCAUUAGAGAAUUUUAAUGGAAGAUAAUGGUCUGAAACAGAAAGUCCUGGCACCGUUUCCACAAAGCAUCUAAGUAGGAGUACUGAUCUAGGAUCAGUUUUGCUUUUUAGUUCAUAAUAAAUAAGAGUAUAUGAACAGACCCUAGAUCAGCACUCCUACUCUAAGAUGCUUUGUAACAGAUUUGUAUUUAUUUAAUUGUACAACGGUGUGUGCAAAUUAACACAACCUAUGUUUUGUUCCUCUGUUGAGCUAGGUGCCCCUCUUCUUUAGACCUUUUGAAAUUUCACAAGCUUUUAACCAAAUUAAGAAAAUAUUAAUCGUUACAUGGUCAGGAAAAUGUGGAAGUCAUCCCCACUGGGACUAUUAGGAACUGAGUCCUCUUGUGUUUCAUCAUGUGGUUACUGAUGGUGGCUCCUCUGUUUGCUGACUAUAUCACAGAGGGUGUUAUGUUUGAUAUAUUCUAACUCAUUCUUCUGUAUUGAUUGUGUGAUGUUACUGAUCUUUGUUUGUUGACCUCAUCAGAGAGUGUAUGAUGAGGAGGUGGAGGAGCCAGUGCCAAAGGCUGAGGCCAUGGAGAGACAACCUGAACUGGUAAAUAAUCGACCUAUUCCUUCCCAUAUAUGUAGUUUUUUUGUGAUGUUAUGUGUAGGCCUGUGACAUCUUAAUUUCCUCCCUGGGGUUAAAGUUCAAUUCAAUUUCUUCCCCAGGAGAAGACUCGUGAGCAGAAGGAAGCCGAGCUAAUCCCUAAGGUCCAGGAAGCAGUGAACUUCGGUCUGAGGGUGCUAGACUCUGCCUUCGAGCAACUGGACAUCAAAGCAGGAAACUCUGACUCGGAAGACGAGGAGGCCACAGACAGAGUGGAGCCCAUACUAGAGCCCAAGGUGAGGGUGGAAUUCAAUCAUCAUUCAAGUUACUUAUGCCUGCAGAUAUCAUGUUAGGAUUAAUACUAGGGGUGUAAUACACGUAUUCGUACCCAACCGUUCGGUACGGGGACCUUGGUUCAGUCCUCACUGUGAACCCGAAUUAAUACUUUAAAAAAGUAGUAUAUAAUAACCUAGGCCUAUAGGCUAUGCCUACGCUACGUUGCCUCUUGAGUAAAUCUGAGCUGAAAACCCCCAAUUUCUGGCUAUUCCGUUAAAACAACUAGAGCCUAUGUGCACGUUGUAAUCAAUAUUUAAAUCUUAAUUGCCGCAUUUCAAACUGUCUUUUUGUGAGGUGCAGCCGGGAACUAGUUCUGUUUGAUGGCUAAUUGGUGGGGUCGACAAACCAGGAGGAUUCUCCAUAAUCUUUUAAGUCUCCAGUUUGGGAACAUUUUGGCUUUCCAGUAGAUAACAACGGCGAUGGACAGAGAGAGUACUUUUAUUUACCAUCUACUUCACUUGCUUUGGCAAUGUUAACAUACGUUUCCCAUGCCUUGAAUUGAGAGUAUGUCGCUACUGCUCAAUGAGAAUAGCCUAUGCAGCUGCCAUCACCUCAAACAUGUUGACACAUUUACGGCGACAUCACCCAAGUAUUCCUACCACCGGAGCAAAAAAACAACACAACUUCGUCUUCCCACUGCAUUCAAGCAGCUCUUCGCAGCUGAUUCUGACCGGGCCGAAGAAAUUACAAGGGUGAUAGGUAUGUUUAUAGCCGUGGAUAUGCGCCCAUUCUCGGUGGUUGAGAAGAAUAGGGGGUUUCAGCACCUCGUGAAAGUGCUCUAGCCACAUUACGAAUUUCGCCCUCUCACACCCAUUUAAUCAAACAGGUAGUACCUGCUCUAUAUAAGAAAGCUAAAGCCGAAGUUGUCAAUGAAUUGCACUUACUACAGAUGGAUGGACCUUCAGGGCUACAGAGAGCUACAUUAACAGUGACAGCCCAUCACAUUACCCUAGAGUGGGAAAUGAGAAGUACCGUGCUACACACCCUCUUUAUGAGAGCCUAAGAAGUGCGCAUAUUUUUCUCUUCGUAAGAAAACAUUAUAGCAUAGGCCAUCCAAUGUCAUGUUUACAUAUUGAUUUCACACGCCUAUUGCAUUUUAUUUUAGUGUUGUUGAUGAGCGAUCGUGUGUUUUCAUUUUAAGAAAAUACAACGUGUGGUAUUCCUGAUUGUGCUUUUAUCAGACAUUAUAAACUGGGUGGUUCGAGCCCUGAAUGCUGAUUGGCUGACAGCUGUGGUAUAUCAGACCAUAUACAACGAGUAUGACAACUUUGUUGUUACUGCUCUAAUUACGUUGGUAACCAGUUUAUAAUAGCAAUAAGGCACCUUGGGGGUUUGUGGUAUAUGACCAAUCCGCGUUGCGUCGUGCUUUAGAACAGCCCUUAGCCGUGGUAUAUUGGCCAGAUACCACACCCCUUGGUGCCUAAUUGCUUAAUUAUAUGACUCAUGAUCAUACACUACAUUACCAAAAGUAUGUGGACACCCCUUCAAAUGAGUGGAUUCUGCUAUUUCAGUCACACCCGUUGCUGACAGGUGUAUAAAAUCGAGCACACAGCCAUGCAAUCUCCAUAAACAAACAUUGGCAGUAGAAUGGCCCAUACUGAAGAGCUCAGUGACUUUCAACGUGGCACCGUCAUAGGAUGCCACCUUUCCAACAAGUCAGCCCUGCUAGAGCUGCCUUGCUCAACUGUAAGUGCAGCUAUUGUGAAGUGGAAACAUCUAGGAGCACCAUGCGCAAUGCUAAGCGUGGGCUGGAGUGGUGUAAAGCUCGCCGCCAUUGGACUUUGGAGCAGUGGAAACGUGUUCUCUGGAGUGAUUAAUCACUCUUCACCAUCUGGCAUUCCGACGGACGAAUCUGGGUUUGGCGGAUGCCAGGACAACGCUAUCUGCCCCAAUGCGUAGUGCCAACUGUAAAGUUUGGUGGAGGAGGAAUAAUGGUCUGGGGCUGUUUUUCAUGGUUUGGGCUAGGCCCCUUAGUUCCAGUGAAGGGAAAUCUUAAUGCUACAGCAUGCAAUGACAUUCUAGAUGAUUCUGUCCUUCCAAAUUUGUGGCAACAGUUUGGGGAAGGCCUUUUCCUGUUUCAGCAUGACAAUGCCCCUGUGCACAAAGGUCCAUACAGAAAUGGUUUGUCGAGAUCGGUGUGGAAGAACUUGACUGGCCUGCACAGAGCCAUGACCUCAACCCCAUCGAACACCUUUGGGAUGAAUUGGAACACUGACUGCGUGCCAGGCCUAAUCGGCCAACAUCAGUGCCCGACCUCACUAAUGCUCUUGUGGCUGAAUGGAGGCAAGUCCCCGCAGCAAUGUUCCAACAUCUAGUGGAAAGUCUUCCCAGAAGAGUGGAGGCUGUUAUAGCAGCAAAGGGGGGACACACUCCAUAUCAAUGGCCAUGAUUUUGGAAUGAGAUGUUCUUGGCCAUGUAGUGUAUAUGGAAUCAGGAAUACCAACACUUUGUAUUUUCUUAAGUAAACAAAAGUUAACUACAGUAACUGUUGGCAUUUCAUUUUCCCACUGUUACGAAACCAAACCAAACCAUGGCCCCAAAACUGCAAUACGUACCGACCGUGGGUUUGGUUAACUGUUACACCCAUAAUUAAUACAUAUCCAGUACAUCUAAGGGAGGAUGGGCACCCCUCUGAGUCUGGUUCCUCUCAAGUUUUCUUCCCUGGCUAAUCUUUCCUUGCCACUGUGCUUCUGAUUUUCUCUUUUGGGUCUAGGCCGUAAUAAUAAGUACUUUGUGACAACUGUUGAUGUAAAAAGGGUGUUUUUGAGUAACAUUUGAUUUGAAUGAUUCUGCCCGUGUUGACCAAUGAUGUGAUCUCUGUCCUCUUCCUCCCCCCUCUUUCUUUCUCCAACCCACCUCUCGCUGUGUCUGUAGGACCUGUAUGUGGACAGGCCUUUACCGUAUCUGAUUGGCUCUCAGCUCUUUAUGGAGCAAGACGACGUAGGACUUGGAGACCUCUCCAGUGAAGGUAGGUCACCUCACCUCUGUUCUUAAUAUACAAUUUCUACUGAAAGAAAGUGUGUAUAUUCUUAGCAUGUGUUUAUAUUGUUAGUGUUCAAUACUCUCUUCCAAGCAUAGUGUUUCUUGUGUAACAUUAGUAAUGUUUCUCAUGUAUUUUUUGUAAUGAAAAUAAAUCUCUGCACACUCCGGAUCGAUGCACAAUUUUCUAUUUAUUUAGGCUGCGCUUUUGGUCGUCAGACCUUCAUCAGAGCAGACAAAAACACAUGACAGAGGCCACAUAUAGGCAACAUGUGUCAAUGCAAUCAGACAUGAUGAGCAAAACCUGUGUACAACACAAACGCCAGGAGGCACUUCAGUAAUCAGUUAUCUCAGAAAAAGUGUGACUUGACAGAGGCAGUUUAUAUUAUUUUGUUUCAGUAUAUUUUUGACGUAAUUGUAAUUUCUUAAAAUACAUUUUUACAUAAUUCAUAAAUACUUUAACAAAAAAAAUACGCCCCAAAAACGUCACUUACCAGAAUGCUAACAAAAUGCUAAUAAGUAAUGGCGGGUAGGAGCGUUGGGCCAGUAACCGAAAGGUUGGUGGAUCGAAUCCCCGAGCUGACAAGGUAAAAAUCUGUCGCUCUGCCCCUGAGCAAGGCAGUCAACCCACUGUUCCCCGGGCACUGAUGACGUGGAUGUCAAUUAAGGCAGCCCUCCGCACCUCUCUGAUUCAGAGGGGUUGGGUUAAAUGCGGAAGACACAUUUCAGUUGAAUGCAUUCAGUUGUACAACUGACUAGGUAUCCCCCUUUCCCUUACUACGGAAUCCCUAAUGCAGAUGCUAGGUAAAUGCUAACGAGGGCAUGCAUUUACUACUAAGACAGACAACCCAGCUAAUAAAGUUAUGCAAGUAUCUCAAAACGCAGUUUGCAGCACGCACAAAUCAAAUCCAAGAAGCUUGAUCUUGCAAGCUAAUGUUAGCCAGUUGGCAAAACCAAAAAAUUUAUUUGGCACAUCUUAGUUAACUUAAUAAUUAUAAGAUAUAUAGCUGGCAAACAUUAGUAGUGAAUUUCAUGCAAGUGUAACUUGAUCACCUCACUUAGGUUUCGCUGCAGGAGUGACUCACUUUACAAAGUUCCCGUUUUUUCUGGUUGUGUUUCUAUGUAAACAAACACACGACUGGCUCAAACAGAUGGCUCAAAUUGCUGUUUUGGCAAACUAGUGAGCUUUGGGAAACGGUAAGCUUCAUAAUGAAGAAUAAUUUUGCCUGUUAGAUGAUGCAUGCAAUCUGCUUUAUCUUUAACCUAGUGCACAAGUUGACUACAGGUAUUUAUUUAGAAAGUACAAAUAUUAAAUUGUAUUUACUUGACGGUAUUGAAAAAUCAUACCGAGGGUAUUUCGAAAUACCCCGGGAUACGGUAUACCGCCCAACCCUGUAGCACCUUUUGGUCGAAUGCCAAGCAGUUGCCAUAGCAAGCGGUGAUGCAGCCAGUCAAGAUGCUCUCAAUUGUACAGCUGUAGAACCUUUUGAGGAUCUGAGUGCCCCUGCCAAAUCUUUUCAGCCUCCUGAGGGGGAAGAGGCGUUGUCAUGCCCUCUUCACGACUGUGUUGGUGUGUGUCGACCAUGAUAGACCCUUUGUUAUGUGCGCACCGAGGAACUUGAAGCUCUCGACCCGCUCCACUACAGCCUCGUAGAUGUGAAUGGGGGCGUGCUCCGCCCUCCGUUUCCUGUAGUUCACGAUCAGCUCCUUUGACUUGCUGACAUUGAGGGAGAGGUUGUUGUUCUAGCACCACACUGCCAGAUCUCUGACCUCCUCCCUAUAGGCUGUCUCAUCGUCGUCGGUGAUCAGGCCUACCACCGUCGGGUUGUCGACAAACUUAAUGAUGGUGUUGGAGUCGUGCGGCCAAUCAGUCGUGGGUGAACAGGGCGUACAGGAGGGGACUAAGCACGCACCCCUUAGGGGCCCCCGUGUUGGGGUUCAGAUUGGCGGAUGUGUUGUUGCCUACCCACCACCUGGGGGCGGCCGUGAGGAAGUCAAGAUCCAGUUGCAGAGGGAGGUGUUCAGUCCCAGGGUCCUUAGUUAAUUGAUGAGCUUGGAGGGCACUUUGGUGUUGAAUGCUGAGCUGUAGUCAAUGAACAGCUUUUCACAUAGGUGUUCCUCUUGUCCAAGUGGGAGAGGGCAGUGUGUAGUACAAUAGAGAUUGCGUCAUCUGUGGAUCUUUUGGGGCGGUAUGCGAAUUGGAGUGUGUCUAGGAUGAUGGUAUUGAUUUGAACCAUGGCCAGCCUUUCAAAGCAUUUCAUGGCUACACAUGUGAGUGCUACGGGACAAUAGUCAUUUAGGCAGGCUACCUUUGCGUUCUUGAGUACAGGGACUAUAGUAGUCUGCUUGAAACAUGUAGGUGUUAGACUGGGUCAGGGAGAGGGUGGAAAUGUCAGUGAAGACACUUGCCAGCAGGUCAGCGAAUGCUCUGAGUACGAGUCCUGGUAAUCCGUGUGGCCCUGCGGCCUUGUGAUUGUUAACCUGUUUAAAGGUCUUACUCACAUUGGCUUGAUCACAAAGUCGUCCGGAACAGCUGCUGCUCUCAUGCAUGGUUCAGUGUUGCUUGCCUCGAAGCGAGCAUAGAAAGCAUUUAGCUCAUCCGGUAGACUUGCGUAACUGGGCAGCUCGCGGCUGGGUUUCCCAGCCCAAAAAAAGAAAGCAUACUUUUUUACAUUUAGCUCAACAUUAAAUUACUUCACCAAUCAUGCAGUGCAGAUAGAGCAGCUUGCUAUGGAGCAGGCAAGCUAUAGCUCAGUGAGUUGUUUACAUGCGUGAUGGAAAGACAAGCGUAGGGUGCAAUUUUGCGGGUGGGGAGAGAGGGUGGAGGAGGAGUGGAGGCUUAGAUUGAAGUGCUGGGCAUCUUGUGAUGACAUGCAUUAUCUGAAUUAGGCCCAUAUAAUUAUUCUAUGGAAGAACUUUGAAUGUCUGAGCUUCAGAGUUGGCUUAACGUUGGACCAGAGAAGCUAACUAGCUAACAAUCUUGUGUGUGAAGAGCGGCACCUGAAUUAAUAACACCUUUUAACUUUUUGUAGUUAAUAAAUCCAAUGUGGAAUGUGAUAACUAUAGCAUCCCUAACUAGCAUUGAAAAAGUUAAUCCAUUCUUCUCUAAUUAAAAAGCCCUCUGUCUUUUGAAUCAUGCUUGUAAUGUCCGUAGGCUACAGCUCUGCUUCGGAGGGGCAGGGGCAGGUAGCCUACACACACACCACCAACGUUUCUCAGCUGGCAGGCAGACACUGGAAGAAGGGAGGGCUUUGCAUAGGCGCUUUGUUGCAUUUUUUUGUGGGACUGAAAUAGAAAUGCCCGGAACGUAAAAUAACUUUAACCUAUUCACAUGCUUUUAAAAAUAACUGUUCUGUUCCGGGACAGUGUAGAUCACUUUCGUUCCCUGUUCUGAUUCUGUUCCCUGAAAAAUGUUGUUCUUUUCCAAUUUUCGGUUCUGUUCCCUGAACCGGUUCCAACCCCUGCUGGGAAGAGUAACCUCUGUCGAAGAACCUCUGUCAUGUGUUUUUUGUGAAACCGGUGUGGUUUUUUACUAUACAGAAAUAUCCAUCGACAGCGAUCGAGACAGUGUCAUCGACAGUGAAGAUGGCAAAGAUGCUGAUGUAAGACUUUUUUUCUUUACUCACCCAGAAAGAAUCAGAUGUUUUUUAGAGAGUGAAGUUGGCAUAAUUUUACAUCUUGAUCCAAAUAAGGUGAAAAUACAGAAAAUUAUAUUUGAUUCAGAUCAUUUUAUUAUCCCUGUGGUGUUUAUGAACAGCAGUCAGACGAAGACUUUGACCAGGAUGAGGAGGGGCCAAGCAGCAUUAAGAAGGUGAGGUCAAUUUUACUCUUGACUGUCAGGGUCAACGUUCAAACCCAGAGUUUGUGGAUAUCUUUGCGAUAACAAUAACAAAUGUACAGGAUUGUAUCUCUGUGUGAACAAUUCUGACAAGGGAUGAUUAGGGUAUUUGCCAAUUUAAUCAAAGACGGAAGGCAACAGAAAAGUGUGCAAUUGCUUGAGUCCUACCUACUCUGGACACUGGCCAUAAGAAUGCUGUUGUUUAUGGUGACGAUGGUAAUGAUUACGUUUAACAUUUAAGUCAUUUGGAAGACGCUCUUAUCUUAGUGAGGAAUGUAAUGCAAUUUGCAACAGCAUGGAUGACGUUGAAUGAUUUCCUCUGCAGAAGUCGUCCAUGUUGAGUGAUGAGGACGAGGGGGAAGAAUCAGACAUAUUCGGAGAAUCGGACAAAGAUGAUGAUGAAGAUAGCAGAACGGUAUGUUUGUGAUUAUAGUUUGCUGCUGGAUAAUGAUACUAACAUUAUUACAAACAGGUAAUUUAUUAAAUAUUACCAAACAUUUAUUUAUCCAGGUAAGUCAACAUUGCUAAUACGUUAUAUGUAUGACUUAAGUGAAUAUAGCGAAUAUAACAUGUUAAGAGUUAAUUGCAUGUUUACGUGUCCCCUUGCAUGAAUAUUAAUGUUCUAUUCCACCUCUCUUUUACGUAAGUCUUUGUGUCACAUUCAGAACACAGGACCAUCAUCCUUUGCUGAUGAGCUGGCUGCCAGAAUCAAAGGGGAACCUAUCAGCAAGCCGGAGGGAGAUCGCACAUGUAAGUUGACUUGAUAUAACCUGCAUGGCUGCAGGAAUAUGUUUAGGGGUGGGGCUGCUGAGAAAUGUUUUUCUCCCUGUGCUGCUGACUACUAUUUUUGUCCACUCAUACAGGAGUAAAAAAGGCCCAGUGCACACUUUGUUGUGUAUUUAUUAUUCUGAUUUAUCAGGGGGUUGUUGCAGCACCCCUACUCCCCGCAGCUAUGAUGACCUGUAUUGCAAACUGUUCAACACUAAAGUUGGGCGGUAUCCAGAUUGUCACACCGUUUCUGUACUAUAGCGGGGCAUACGAUAUUACCGAAUGUAAUAUAUCUUAAUUUAUUUUUGUAUUUUUACGCACAAAACAAUUUAGGCAACAGGAAGGGAUUGAAAGUCUCUGCUGUAACCAAUAAGCUUCCUCUUGACAUCUAGCCACUUGGAUAGCAAGCUAGCAAACCAAAUGCAUAGCUGGAGCCCUGAGCUAGAUAUUAUUUAUUUGACACAUCUUAGAUUUCUUAUAGUUCUACUUUCUUAUAGAUAGAAGCAGUGGCGUAUAUGCCGCCCUAGGCUAGACAAAAAAAUUGCCAACCCUCCUCCUAUCCCCGCAAAGUAGAAUAAAAGCCUAGGCCAGGCCUGGAAUUUCAUGAUUUUAGGGGCAAGGCCAUUUGGCCUUCAAGAGGUGCCCAAUCUUCCAGGGCACCAAGGCCAUCUGCCAGGGCACCAAGGCCAUCUGCUAGGGCACCAAGGCCAUUAACUAAAAUAGCCAAUUUAAAUAGAUUUAAAAAACAAAAAACAGUGGCUCUUCUGUUAAGAAAAAACAACUAUGUAAAUGUACAUAAAUAAUUAGGCUACAUGUCGAAGUGUAGGUGAAAUCCUAUGCGUAUUGGCUACAGCCUAUAAUGUCUAGACCGAUGCUGACAUGAGGGAGGUGCCUGAAAAUGUAGCCAAACUUUUAUUUGACUUUUAAUUACUUUUAAUAUAUAUAUAGGCUAAAUGCCACUCAUGUUUGACAUAUAAUGUAGGACUGUUAUUAAUAUCUAAAGGCUUGACUCUGUCGACAUGUUAGUUCAGAUAGGAGAGAAAGGGCAGUGCCUGUUGCGCACUGCAACAUCACCCACCUUGAAACUAUUUAACCAUAAAUGUAUGGCCGUCGGUGCUGCCAGAAACUUUGAGCUCUGGCCUAGGCUAUACAGUAUCGGCCCACAAUGCACUUUAAUGAAUGCCUAUCCAUGUGGUAGCCUAUUGUUUGUAAAACAGGACGUUGCAUUGGCUUUAUAGUCCUGAUACUUGACAAAGACUUACGACUAAUCAUUUAGGCUAUUCAAGCUCUGAAUAUCAGCUACCAUAGGCGGCACGUCCUAAAGUAAAUUGAAAUAUAUUUGCCAAAAUUAGAUAAAUGCAUUCAUUCAAAAUACUUCACCAGAGAGCAUGACUUAGCCACAGAGGAUCAUUAGCUUCUAACAUUUUUUUUGCUGUGGAUUGUUUCAAAUCAGAAGUGAGUAUGCUUAGUUGGGAAGUCAGCAAUUUGGGCAGCACGCAUGGCAAUAGGCCUAGCUGAUUAUUGAGUUGCGGCUAUCAGUGAAAAGCAUAAAAAAUAUGUGUGAAGACAAUGUGUCUUGAGUAUCAUUUUAAAUAUUAAGACAAGACAAAGUAGAUGGGUGGGUGGAGAGGAUAUAGGCGCAUCGCUCUCCAGAAUGCACUCAGCUCUCCAGAAUGCACUCAGCUCUCCAGAAUGCACUCAGCUCUCCAGAAUGCACUCAGCUCUCCGGAAUGUGCUUAGCUGUCUCGCCAAUUCUUGUGCAUACAUUUUUUCAUUGUGUGAAUUGUUUAUUUUUAUCAAUUCCCCAUUACAUAUGUCACCAGUAGUAAAUUUACCAUUAAUCGGCGUCAUUUGGUUACAUUAAUUUCUGUUAAUGCAUGUAUUAAUUGCAGUCAUUUACCGUUCUCAUUCUUUCUCGGAGUGGAAACGUUGUUUGCAGAGUUCACAAACUGCUACACUUGUAAGAAACAAGUUUUGGUUUAUUUCAUACCAUUUACGAGUUUUGUAAAAAAAGAUGUAAUUGUUUUUUGUUUGGAGAGCAAUGAGCAUGUGUUUGGUUUCUUUCUCUGUCCUGUUAAUGUAGAUGUAGAUCGGGCACCUAUGCACGCAUAAAGUAGGCUAAUUGGCAUGCUCACGCAAAUGUAGGAAAGUGCCCGUUUGGGGAUACCUGAUUUAUGACCACCACUAAUAAUAAUAAUAAGCUGAGCUUCUCAGUCAUUUUUGUAACCAUGUGACAAUGAUUUUGAGAAUGACACUGUUCCACGAAAAUGCCAAUAUGAAAAUAUAACUGCCGCGCAGAUUGGUAGGAUAAAUUCUUAGCUUCCCCAAACGUGAAACUCGCGCUGCCUAUGUCAGCUACCCAAGUUUAUCAGGCAGUGUAUUAUCUUGGAAAAUGCAGUUCAUAGCCUAUUUUCUUCUUCGCCAUGAUCAGAUCAGAAAUUGACAAAUGGGUCUAAUUAUCAUGACAAUUUAGCCCACUGAGUGAAACUCCCAGACAGAGGUCGUGAGUAGCCUAAUUUCAUUCCCUAGGCUACUGUCCAUUUUAUUUUGACCUGUCCUGUUUUUAGGAUAUGGUGUGUUUGUUAACAUGUUAAUUCAUAUUCACAUCGAAGCACAUUGUUUUUUGAUAGGGCGUCAUUUAGGCUAUUUGAUCGGAAACACGCAUGAUGUAAAAAGUGUCUGUCUCAUGAUAUUGUCAUGAAUUUGGUCGCCAUGUAGGCUACAGAAAAGGCCACAGAGGCUAUAGACUCUUUCUAGUGUAAAGGCUACAUGAUUUGACGGAGCGUUGGUGGAGCACUGCAAUGCUGCAUCUCUCCAACAGCACGAUGGAGAGGUGCGCUGGGCAUGGACAAGAUAGAUAUUUUGCAACCGUCUUUAUCAGAGUGGGCACUACUUAUAAUGGGAUGGCAUCAUUAUUUGUUGUUGGAGGUGCGUCUUGGUCAGUUUAGCUGGGAAAAUGCUGCCCUUUUCAAUCUGCCACCUUGGCGGCCGCCCUGCACACACUUUUAUGUCAGAUGGUCCAGCACCAUCCUCAGACAAUUGCUUACAUUUUUUGUGUAAUUCUCAAUUCAGGAUAAAAUCUUGCUAUGUCAUGUGAUUGCGCAAAACACCGGGCCCUACAUUUUAUACAGAAACCGUUUGGCACUUACGAUACAAUGCACUCAAAAAAAUUCAUUCAUCUUUCCUCCCUAUUUUUGAAUCGUAUCAUCACUGUUUGCUCCAUAUAGUCUUCAAGUUUCAAGAUGUGUUUUCAGUUUAUGUAGGCCAUACAUCAAAUGUGAUGUCAUACAGCAGAAAAUAUCUGUCUUUGAGAAUUACAACAGUACAAACAUGUUUCACUACAUAUUAUUGUUCUGCAUGUGCAUGCUCAUGUUUCCUUUCCCAUGUCACCUCUGAAGCGUUGUCGUCUGCCUCUAAGAAGAAGAGUCAAACAAAGAAAAAGCCCAAGCCUGAGAGGCCACAGGGUAGGACAUUCAUUCACUCACUUAUGUAAAAGAGGGUUUUCUUUACUAUGCGUCGUGAACAAGCACCUAAUCUCACACUCUAUGCAUCCAAUUACACUGAGUAUACCAAACAUUAGGAACACUUUCCUAAUAUUGAGUUGCAUCCCCCCCCCUUUUGACCUCAGAACAGCUUCAAUUCAUCGGGACAUAGACUCUACAAGGUGUCGAAAGCGUUCCACAGGGAUGCUGGCCCAUGUUGACUCCAAUGCUUCCCACAGUUGUGUCCAGUUGGCUGGAUGUCCUUUGGGUGGUGGACCAUUCUUGAUACACACGGGAAACUGUUGAGCGUGAAAAACCCAGCAGCGUUGCAGUUCUUGACACAAACUGGUGCGGCUGGCAUCAACUAGCAUACCCUGUUCAAAGGCACUUAAAUCAUGUCUUGCCCAUUCACCCUCUGAAUGGCACACAUACACAAUCCAUGUCUCAACUGUUUCAAGGUUUAAAAGUCCUUCUUUAACCUGUCUCCUCCCUUUCAUCUACACUGAUUUGAAGUGGAUUUAACAGGUGACAUUAAUAAGGGAUCAUAGCUUUCACCUGGAUACACCUGUUCAGUCUAUGUCAUGGAAAGAGCAGGUGUUCUAAAUGUUUGCACACUCAGCUUAGCAGGGACAAUAUACAGUAACUGUUACUUCAUAACACUUCAGUCAGAAGAAAGUAACUGAAUUAGAUAUAAUUUGUCAUAAGUAAUUUGUAAUAAAAUGACAUUACAGAAUGUAUAUAUUUAUAUGUUUCUUGUUGACACCUGACCUGUUUGUUUGUGUUGUAGCUAUUGAAGAUGACAGCGAGGAGUUGUUUGGGCCGCCCAAGAUGGAGGACGAGGACUUCUCUCCGUUCGGAGGGAAAGGAGGCCUCUUCAGCGGAGGAAGAGGACUGUUUGAUGAUGAUGAUGAAGUAUGCUCACCUGAAUGCCAUUUUGUAGCUUCCAUAUCUUACUUUUUAAAUGUUACUUACCAAUUGUAAUUUCAAAUAAUAUGAUGGAUAGAACAAAAUCUAUCUGGCUUGUUAAUUGCUCCCAAAUAGUACAUUCAAUUAGUUUUGUCUGAAACCAUAGCAAACCUAAUGAUAUGAUGUUUGUUGUCCAGGGGGAUCUGUUCUCUGAUGCACCUAAACAGCCUGUAACAGAGGAGAAGACCAGGAACACAGCUCACGCCACAGGUAAUAAUGGCCCUACAACUAUCUGUUGAAAUACCAAGGCUGUUUUCAUUAGGGCACAUCGUAGCAAAAAUGUUUUUCAAUUGUAAAUGAAACAUUUCUUGUUGGGCAAGUUCAAAUAGUAGCUUCCAGUUUCUUUCAGUUUGGUCAUGUUUUCUUAUAAGUGAAUUGGGAAUGUUGUUAAUUUUGUAUAAUGGCUCUGGUCACGGUUUCUAAUUUAGUUGUCGUGGGUUAUCGUCUUAAUUAUUACGUGCAUUUUCCUGGACAGUAUAGAGACUUUGACCUGUAUUUCUCUAUUGUGUUUCUGCCAGAACCCGUCAAGCCUGCUAAGAAGAUUCCUUCAGGGGCUGUGUCAAUAUUCCCAGGUAACAGAGACAUGCCCCAAGGACAGCAAAGGCCUUUCAAAGAUGACAGAUUAUUACAUAGUAAUAACAGUUGGACAGUUUUGGGGGGCUUGAGGACGUAAUGCCUCUACAGAUUGUCUUGCCCUUCUGAAAUGGAAUUUGAAUUUAUUCAGUGGAAAUUUAAUUUAUUCAAUUCAAGCUAAACACUACUACAAAACACUACUACACACAGUUGACUACAUGUUGACAAUACUGUGAUGGUAUUGACAAGAUCAUCCUCUGAGUCCUGUCCUCUUCUUUUCCCUUAGAGAACAGCCUGUUUGGCAUUCCCAAUGACUCUGACUCAGUGGAGGGCAGAGAGAAUGGCAGUUCAGCCAAACCCAACAAGACCCAGACAUCAGCCCCUAGAAAUACCUCUUUAGGGGGAGGAGGAGGGGGGCUGUUCGAUGACGAUGAAGAGGAUGACUUCUUCACUGGCAAAAGCCUUAAAAAUUCCAGCUCAGGUAAGUCAGUCAAACAGUAACCGCUCUCUCUUUCUCUAGCACGUUGGGUGAGAUCCAAACUUGAAAUCAACAAUUGUAAAAUAUCAGUGUAAAUCUUGCAUUGACAUCACGCAAGUACAUAAUUUACUCCUUAUGUAUGUGAAUCUCAAGUUAGGAGUCAGCCCAUUUUCACCGUAUUUUCAUUCAUGCAGUGAGUUUCAGAUCUAACAUUUUGUCUCACUACAUUUACAUUUUUGUCAUUUAGCAGACGCUCUUAUCCAGAGCGACUAACAGUUAGUGCAUUCAUCUUAAGAUAGCUAGGUGGGACAACCACAUAUCUCAGUCAUAGUAAGUACAUUUUUCCUCAAUGUAGUAGCUAUCAGCAAAGUCAGAGCUAGUAAGGAGGAAUGUUAGUUCACAAAAGGCUUUUGGGAGGGACCAGAGGUGGCAGAACGGAGUACUCGGGUUGGGGUGUAGGGUUUGAGCAUAGCCUGACGGUAGGGAGGGGCAGUUCCUCUUGCUGCUCCGUAGGCAAAUACCAUGGUCUUGUAGUGGAUGCAAGCUUUGACUGGAAGCCAGUGGAGUGUGCGGAGGAGUGGGGUGACAUGGGAGAACGGGAAGGUUGAACACUAGGAGGGCUGCGGCACUCUGGAUGAGUUGUAGGGGUUUGAUGGCACAAGCAGGGAGCCCAGCCAACAGCAAGUUGCAGUAGUCCAGACAGGAGAUGACGUGCCUGGAUUAGGACCUGCGCCGCUUUCUGUGUGAGGUAGGGUCGUACUCUACGGAUGUUGUAGAGCAUGAACCUGCAGGAGUGAGUCACUGCUUUGAUGUUUGCAGAGAACGGCAGGGUGUUAUCCAGGGUUACACCAAGGGUCUUUGCACUCUGGGAGGGGGACACCGUGGCGUUGUCAACCGUGAUGGAGAGGUCUUGGAGCGGGCAGGCCUUCCCUGGGAGGAAGAGCAGCUCCGUCUUGUUGAGCUUGAGGUGGUGGGCCGACAUCCAAGAUGAGAUAUCUGCCAGGCAUACAGAAAUGCGUGUCGUCACCUGGGUGUCAGAAGGGGGGAAGGAGAAAAGUAGUUGAGUGUCAUCCGCAUAGCAAUGAUCGGAGAGACCAUGUGAGGAUAUGACUGCGCCGAGUGACUUGGUGUAUAGAGAGAAGAGGAGAGUUGUGAGAAAGAGGUCAAGGCCUAGGGUAGGUCUGUGUGAGUGGGACCAGUGGACUCAAUAGGCUGAGUGAAUGAGGAGCGGAUGUCGUCAACCUUCUUUUCAUAGUGUCGACAAAGUCAUCCGCGAGGAGGGUGUGGAGGAUGAGGAUUAAGGAGGGAGGAGAAGGUGGAAAAUAGUUUCCUAGGGUUAGAGGCAGAAGCUUGACAUUUAGUGAUAGAAAGUGGCUUUAGCAGCAGAUACAGAGGAAGACAAAGUAGAGAGGAGGGAGUGAAAGGAUGAUGGGUCCGGAAGUUUCGUUUUCCUCCAUUUUUGUUCAGCUACCCGCAGCCCUGUUCUGUAAGCUUGCAAUGAGCCACGGAACAGGAGGGGAGGGCCGAGCCGGCCGGAAGGAAAGGGGACAGUGCGAGUCAUAGAGUAGGGUCGAAGAGGCAGAAUCAGGAGAACGGAGGGAGAAGGAUUUAGCAGAAGGGAUAGGACAGACUAGUGGGAGAGAGAGAGAAUAUUGCGUUGGCGCAUGACCAUCUAGGUAGGGGCUGAGUGGGUAGGGUUGGAGGAGAGGGAGACAAAAAAGGAAACGAAGUAGUGAUCAGAGACCUGGAGGGGGUUUGCAGUGAGAUUAGUAGGCGAACAGCCUCUAGUAAAGAUGAGGUCAAGUGUAUUGCCUGCCUUGUGAGUGGGAGGGGACUGGGAAAUGGUGAGGUCAAAAGAGCCAAGUAGGGGUAAGAAAGAGGUAGAAAUAAAUUAAUCGAAGGCAGACACCGGGAGGUUGAGGUCGCCUAGUACGAAAAGCGGUAAACCAUCGUCAGGAAAUGAGCUUAUCAUGGUGUCAAACUUAUUGAGGAACUCUCAAUGUUAAGCUUGAGUGCACAAGUGACAGUGACAGCAUGGAAUUCAAAUGAGGAGCUGGACAGGUGAGUCAGGGAGAAAAGAGAAUCUCCACAAAUGAGUAGCCCUGUGCCACACCGCGACGAUGAGAUGCUCUCGGACUAUGAGAGAACGCGUAGGCAGAUGAAGAGAGAGGAGCUGGAGUAGCAGUGUUCUCUGGGGUGAUCCAUGUCUCCGUCAGGGACAAAAAGUCUAAGGACUGAAUGGCAGCAUAGGCUAAGAUUAACUUGGCGUUCUUGACCACAGAUCGGCAGUUCCAAACGCAGAGACCAAUAAUUACACAUGGGUUGUGCAAGCAGGGUACACUAAAUUAGAAAGGUUGCAUCUGUAAAAAGCCUACAGGGAGAGGAGCGAACAAGUAUAGAAAACACGCACAUAGUUGAAAAAGCUACAAAAGAGCAAAAUUAGAUGAUCUGUAAAUAUACUGAACAAAAAUAUAAACACAACAUGUAAAGUCUUGAUCCCAUGUUUCAUGAACUGAAAUAAAAGAUCCCAGAAAUGUUCCAUACGCACAAAAAUCUUACUGUAUUUCUCUAAAAUGUUUGGUUUACAAAUUGGUUUACAUCCCUGUUAAUGAGCAUUUCUCCUUUGCCAAGAUAAUCCAUCCACCUGACAGGUGUGGCAUAUCAAGAAGCUGAUUUAAACACCAUGAUCAUUACACAUGUGCACCUUGUGCUGGGGACAAUAAAAGGCCUCUCUAAAAUGUGCAGUUUUGUCACACAACACAAUGCCACAGAUGUGUCAAGUUUUGAGAGAGCAUGCAAUUGGCAUGCUGACUGCAGGAAUGUCCACCUGAGCUGUUGCCAGAGAAUUUAAUGUUCAUUUCUCUACCAUAAGCUGCCUCCGUCAUUUUAGAGAAUUUGGCAGUACGUCCAACCGGCCCCACAACCGCAGACCACGUGUAACCACGCAAGCCCAGGACCUGCACAUCCGGCUUCUUCACCUGUGGGAUUGUCUGAGACCAGCCACCCGGACAACUGAUGAAACUGUGGGUUUGCACAACUGAAGAAUUUCUGCACAAACUGUCAGAAACCGUCUCAGGGAAGCUCAACUGCGUGAUCGUCGUCGUCCUCACCAGGGUCUUGACCUGAUUGCAGUUUGGCGUCGUAACCGACUUCAGUGGGCAAAUGCUCACCUUUGAUGGCCACUGGCACGCUGGAGAAGUGUGCUCUUCACAGAUGAAUCCCAGUUUCAACUGUACCGGGUAGAUGGCAGACCGCGUGUAUGGCGUUGUGUGUGCAAGCGGUUUGCUGAUGUCAACGUUGUGAACAGAGUGCCCCAUGGUGGGGUUAUGGUAUGGGCAGGCAUAAGCUAUGGACAAUGAACACAAUAGCAUUUUAUCAAUGGCAAUUUGAAUGCACAGAGAUACCGUGACGAGAUCCUGAGGCCCAUUGUCAUGCCAUUCAUCCGCCGCCUUCACCUUAUGUUUCAGCAUGAUAAUGCAGGCCCCAUGUCGCAAGGAUCUGAACACAAUUCCUGGAAGCUGAAAAUGUCCCAGUUCUUCCAUGGCCUGCAUACUAAUGUCACCAUUAAGCAUGUUUGGGAUGCUCUGGAUCGACGUGUAUGACAGUGUGUUCCGGUUCCCGCCAAUAUCCAGCAACUUCACACAGCCAUUGAAUAAGACUGGGACAACAUUCCACAGGCCACAAUCAACAGCCUGAUCAACUCUAUGCGUAGAUGUCACGCUGCAUGUGGCAAAUGGUGGUCACAGCAGAUACUGACUAGUUUUCUGAUCCAUGCUCCUACUUUUUUAUUUUUUAAAGGUGUCUGACCAACAGAUGCUUAUCUUUAUUCCCAGUCAUGUGAAACACAUAGAUUUGGGCCUAAUGAAUUUAUUUCAAUUGACUGAUUUCCUUAUAUGAACUGUAACUCAGUAAAAUCUUUUAAAUUGUUGCGUUUUAUAUUUUAGUUCAGUAUAAAUAUGGUUCUGCAAAGUAUGCAUCCUCUUCAGGCUCGUAGCUGUCCGACUCAGACAUGUUUUGAUUGAAUGAUUUUGGGCGGUGUAGAACUUGAAAGCCGUGUCUGCACUGCUCUAGCCUCGAGAACCGUCAUUUGUAGGCGUGACUACUCGAAAACAGGAAGUAAGCACAGUUCGAGUUAAACACAUUCAUGCUCGUAAUAGUGAAAAUAGCCAAGUGUUUUGAUAUUGACAUGGGUGUAUACCCCACAAAGACGUGAGAUGGCUGUAAGAGUUUCUUGUGGGGACGUUCUGAAGCACGUUUUUUAUGGUGAGUCUGGCCACUACCACUAUAUGGCUCAUGCAAGCAACUAAGCCAGCCAAAGAAAUCUCAGGAAUGGAACUCUGACCAAAACAACUGUCUGGAUGAUGCUUCAACACUAAAAGUAAGUGGAAAUAUAAACUGAAAUAUCCCUUUUUAAUAGUGGUUGAUGUGUCAACAAUCAGCUGCAAGUUAUGAGCAGUCAGCAGUUCACAAACCAAGUAGGCUACUGAGAAGACAGACAGCACUUAAAGCAGAUGGCCCUAGCUAGCAAAAAGACAGUACUAGACCACAGAUGAAGACAAAAAUUAUACUUAUCACUCCUGGAGAUAUCAGGAGUCCUCUAGCUAUAGAUUGAAACACUAAAACUGUAUUUAGCGCAAGCACUAAUAAUGUGUUGUCACCUGUGUUCAGCUGGACAGGAGAAACCCAAGCAGAAGAAGACAGUGGAUCUGUUUGGAGGAGAUGAUGAGGAUGGUGACAUCUUUAGUGAGAGCGCUGUCGCCCCGCCCCCUCUACAGAGCAGGAAGGAGGUGGUGGAGGAGGAAGAACAGGUGAAACAGGCUCCUCAGAAAAAGGUGAACAUACACACGUGUACAUUGUGUUUCCAUAUUAACAAAUGUUGAUUGACUAUCAUGAUUUUAGAGUGAUCAUGAUAAUGGAUUUAGGGCACUUGGUUAUCAUGAUUAUAAGUUGCUUACUUACAGUAGUGUUCAUGAGUUAUGCUGAUGAUGAUUGUUGGUUUUAGUGAUGAAUUAUGCUGAUGGUUGUAGUGAUGAAUUAUGCUGAUGGUUGUAGUGAUGAAUUAUGCUGAUGAUGUUUGUUGGUUGUUGUGAUGAAUUAUGCUGAUGGUUGUAGUGAUGAAUUAUGCUGAUGAUGUUUGUUGGUUGUUGUGAUGAAUUAUGCUGAUGAUGUUUGUUGGUUAUAGUGAUGAGUUGUGCUAAUGAUGGUUGUUGGUUGUGUUUAGAUGCCAGCGGGAGGUGUCUCCAUGUUUGGUCCUGGUACCAAGAGCCUACUGACUGAGGCACUGAAGAAACGACAGCCCUCCACCAGCGAAGAGUCAGAGCAGGUGGGACUCCUCUUUCAUCUACCCAUCAUCUCUCUUCCAUCACUUUAUCUAUAUUUAUCUAUCUACAAUCUCUUUCUCUCUCUCCCUCACUCUCUCUUCCUAACUCUCUCUUUGUUUCUCUUGCUCUCCUUUUCAUCUCUCUCUCUCCCUCUUUCUCUCAUUGUAGAGCUGUAGAACUCUACUCAUCACCCUCUCCAUGUUGUUCAUUACAGAACGGCCCUCCUCCAGACGUGGUGAAAACCCCUGCUAAGCAGACAGAGAAACCCCAGGCGAAGAGUCUGUUCUCUGACGAUGAAGACUCACAGGUGUGCUUCUUCUUUUUAACACUCAUUCUCAAGUAUGCAUCCAUUACCUGAAUGUUGUUGAUGGAGGUACUUCGCAUGCUUAUCAAUUACAUCAAUAUCUACAUGAGCCGUACAAUUAAUGCUUAGAACGUUAGGUUGAUCAUGAAGCAUGGUGUUGUUUUACAGAUGUAACCUCACCUUUCUCUGUCUCUGUCUUUCUAGAUAUUUCAAACCAUCCCUAAGAGUCAGUCUAAGCCUGAACCCACACCUCAGAGCAAAGCCAGCAAAGCUCCUCUGUCCAUCUUCGAUGACGAGGAGGAAGAAGUGAGAAGAUGAGCCUGACCGAUAUCGGUCCAUAAAAUAUUAUAAUUUGUACCUGCAUCUUCAUAUCUAACCACUUUCUUUCAUCAUGCAGGAUCUGUUUGCGUCUGCGAAGAAGUCCAAACCAAGCCAAGCUAAAGCCGCCACACCACAAGUCAAGAAACCUGUCUCUAGCUCCCUCUUCAGUGAUGACGAGGUAAUGGGAGGGAAGGGAACCUUGCUACAUAAACUUCAGUUCAACUUCAGCCUGUCAGAAAAUAACCCUUAGCCCCCUCCUUUAGCCACUACCCCUUUGGUAUUCACAGAUCUGAAAUGCCUGGAGAGGUGUAAGCAAUAUGGUGAUGGCUCUGCCAUCCAAUGGGCUUAGGACAGCUUCAGAUAUAGCUUACACCAAUUUUAUUCCUAUAAAUCUGCAAACACCAGAAGGUAGGGGGCAAGGGGUGAAGGUUGUUUCUAUUACUUCAAGAGAUGGUAUCUAUUUAACCCUUUUGUAUUCUUUCUGUAUUAGGACCAGUGGAUGAGCUCCAAGCCUAGUGCUGGUAAGACAGAGGGUAAGACUGGAGGGAUGAAGUCCAGUACUAGUGCCCCAUCUAGUCUACCCAGUGUCAUAGCAGCUCCUAAAGACAGCCUGUUCGAUGAGGAUGAUGACGAUCUCUUUGCAGCUACCAAGGAGUCGAGGUAAACGUCAUAUCAAUAGUAGACAAAAAUACUUAAUCUGUAGUAUGACGCCUUGGUGUGGUGUUGAUGGGUGUACAUGUCUGUGUGUUUGUGCAGUCAGAAGAAGCACCAGAGAGUGUCUCUCCUGUUUGAAGAUGAGACUGAGGAUGAUGAAGAUAAGGGAUCCCUCUUCGGCUUCAAAACAAGCGUCAACAACCGCUCUACUACAGCUGACCCUAAAGUAAGCCUGGGUUACAGAUUCUGUCUGUCCACAGCCUAUUCCCUAUGUAGUGCACUAUAUAGUGAAUAGGGUGCCAUUUGAGAUGCAGCCUCUGUCAUGUACGAAUAACCUAUAGGUGAAACGCCUUCAAGACAACAAUGUAAUUGUUAAAAAGCUAAUACUUCAGUAAUGUCUAGGCUCUUGUCUAUUAUUUUAAAACAAUACAAAUAUUGAAUGAAUAUUGUUUUUAUUUAUGAUCGUUAUUGUAAGAAAGCACUGUUUUGAUGUACUGUUUAUAGAAAUACUGUGUGUGGUAACAUCCCUGCAGUGAUAGCGAUGACUGUAAUCAAUGCUACUUCAGUCCGUUACCCCCUAGCUCAUACCCUUUUCUCCUGUGCCCUUGUCCUGUUCUCUAGGCUCCUGUUGUAGUCUCCCCAGCCCCCUCGCUGCUCCACACUGACAAACCUGAGGUGACGGCACCACCUCCUCCCCCAGUGGAGGAGAAACCUGCAGAGGAGGAGAGCGUAGCGAAGGACAAGAGUCCUGAGGUGCCGUCCCUGUCCUCUCCACUAGAGGGCAGUGGGAGUAAGAAGAAGCCAGUAGGGGCCGUCAGUCUGUUUGGAGGGAUCAACGUGCUGGGAGACAGACUGGGAGCAGCCAAGGUGAGAUGCUACAUAAGGCUUAGGGUAGAAGUUCCCCCUAAGCUCAGAUCUAGGGCCAGCUAAACUCAUCCAACCCAAAUCCUAACCAUAACUUCGUUUUGGCCAUUUGGGACCUUUUUUCAAUUAAUAUUUCCGUUAUUCCUCACAUUCCCUCUCCUCGUCUCCUUCUCAAAACGCAUUGGAUGGGGAGGGACCUUUGACCUUUUCCUCCGAUAUAGCUGAGAAGGAGGCAAGGAAAGAGGAAGGUGAAUUAAGAUGGAGCCCUGCUCCUAUACCUGUGAGUGUGAGAUGCUGUAUUCACUUUGACGCCUUUCUAUCUUCCUGUCCCUUAACAAGCAGACUAAGAGCCCAUUGGACGAGCCGGACGGUGAUGACUUCCUGUCUGAGGGCCCGCCCCCCAUGGAGAAGGAGGACAAAACGAAGAAAAACGCCCUUAGUCUGUUUGAUGAUGUGGAGGAAGAGGAUGGUGCUGACUGGACUGCCCCCAUCUCCAUACCGACCAAACCAGUUGCCAAAAACACACUAAAGGUUUGUCUGAGUUAUUUUAUUCAUACUACUGAUAAUUCGUGUGUGUUUGUGUGUGUAAAUCGUGUGUGUGUGUGUAAAUUGUGUGUGUGUGUGUGUAAAUUGUGUGUGUGUGUGUGUGUGUGUAAAUCGUGUGUGUGUGUGUAAAUCGUGUGUGUGUGUGUGUAAAUCGUGUGUGUGUGUGUGUGUGUGUGUGUAAAUUGUGUGUGUGUAAAUCGUGUGUGUGUGUGUGUGUGUGUGUGUGUAAAUCGUGUGUGUGUGUGUAAAUCGUGUGUGUGUGUGUGUAAAUCGUGUGUGUGUGUGUGUGUGUGUGUGUGUAAAUCGUGUGUGUGUAAAUCGUGUGUGUGUGUGUGUGUGUGUGUGUAAAUCGUGUGUGUAAAUCCUGUGUCUGUGUAAAUCCUGUGUCUGUGUAAAUCCUGUGUCUGUGUAAAUCCUGUGUCUGUGUAAAUCCUGUGUCUGUGUAAAUCCUGUGUCUGUGUAAAUCCUGUGUCCGUGUGUUAGCCUGCGGAGGAGCGUCCUCGUACCAAGAGUAGUACCGGGGUGUUCCAGGAUGAGGAACUGCUCUUCAGUCAGACUCAGCAGAGAGACAACGACCCUGACGUUGACAUCUUUGCCACGCCUGACAAGUCUGUGGUGAGUUCUAGGGACAGUAGGCUUAGUGAGAGGGUAUAAGUGUUAGUAUUGGGCUAGAGCAAAACGCCUUGACUCACCAGGACCAGGGUGGAUGUCUUGCAUUGCAUCAGCACAUUGAGGCGUACUACUUGCUACCCCUUUGAGUGAUGAAUUCAUUCUACUAAUGAUAGUAGUGAUGAUAAAGUGUGUUCCUGUCUCAGAGCUCCAGGCCCAGCUCCGUGAGGUCAGCAGCUCCAACACUGUUUGGUGAUGAAGAUGAAGAUGACCUCUUCAGCUCUGUCAAGCCCAAAGCUCCUCCUCCGGUACCCUAUUCUAAAUCACCUCAAUCAGUCAAUACAAUAUGAAUACAACUUGAUUAAUUUACCGAUGACUGUACAUCCUCAGUCCUUUCUUUGACCUGCAUUCUCAGAAAGUAUCAGAGAAGCCCCGUAAACCCAGGAAAGACGAGCCAUCCUCAAAACCUGCUGUCACAGAGAGUGCGGUAAGGCUGAUGAAACUAAGAGUCCUAGUCUCUGCAGAAUAUGUGAUUGCCCAUGUGCUUAUGAUUUAAAGGGUGUACGUCAGAGGAGGCUGGUGGGAGGAGCUAUAGAAGGAUGGGCUCAUUGUAAUGGCUUGAAUGGAAUAAAAGGAACGUAUCAAACAUAUGGAAACCACGUUUGACUCCGUUCCAUUGAUUCCAUUCCAACCGCUACAAUGAGCCUGUCCAAAAUAACUCCUCCCACCAGCCGCCUCUGGUGUACAUAUGUAUGUCUUACAUUUUUUCAGAAUUUGAAGGAUAUCUGUAGACAGUAAUGCUUUCUCCUCUCAGUUGAUAGUUAUUAUACUGUUACAUUGCUUUUGGAGAUACUCCUGGCCAGAUUACUUAACAUGAUCUAUGUCGUUCAACUGCACAGAAGCCGACACCAAGCCCUGUAAAAUCUAAAGAGCCUUCACGGACUGGAAUACUCCAAGUAAACUUCAAAAAUGUUAAAUCAGUUUUCUUAUUAUUCAACAUUUUACUCUUUCUUUACUAUUUCUGAAUGAGCUUUCAUUCUCCCAACAUGUUUUCUGCCAGUUAUCUUUGAACCUCCGCCUUUGACGUGAAACAAGUCGUCUUUUCCACUGCUGGCUUAAAAGCUAAACUGAGACCCUGUGACUGUCAGAUUGAUUCUCACAAGGUUUCGUUUUUUACAGUCAAAUUGAAAGCGAUUGGUCAGCCUUUAUUCUUACUGAAACCACAUGAAUAGAUGUUAUUCCUACGUCUACAUUUGGACUUUUUCUUUAUCUUUAUUCUUGGGCUCUCACUUUCCUCUGUUUUGUCUACCGCUUGGUUCUGAUGAUCAUGAGGGACUGCAUGAACAAAAUGACUUGUAAAUCCAAUUGAGGACAAAUCCAAAUGUCUUCACUGUACUGUGCUCUGAUUACAAACCCUCUCUUAUUAAGGCCUUUAGUUGGUAUGAAAUUGGGCCAACACUCGUGAACAAAUGUGUUCCUCCUCCUCACUCUCAGGCCAACCUGGUGAUCAACCCUGCUGCCCUCCUGCCUGACGCGGUCUCUCAGAUCUCAGGGGGGGUCAGUGUACUCCCAGGCUUGAGCUCCAGCCCCACCUCCCCCAGCCCCAGCUCCUCAGGCCCCAGUGCCAGCCUCACCCCUAGUCCUGCCGGGACCAAGCCCCCCAGCAACAGAGGGGUUAGCUUCGACAACCCAGUCCAGGUGUCCACGCUACAGAGUGCGAACAAGGUGGGUCAAGGGUCAGAGGUCAGGCACUGGGGUGGACAUAAUGGAACAGGGUGGGGGAAACAUGGAACACCUACUUUUGAUCCUUAAAUCAUAUAAAUAAAAUGUAUAAAGCUCUAACCUUGUUCCUUCCAAAAUAAGCCCGUGAUGACUCCAUGUGUCUUCUCUUCCUGUAGGGUCGAGCUAAAGGCUCCAUCCGCCGCAGGCCCCAGACCAGGGCAGCACGGCAGACGGCAGCUCAGAGCUCUGUGGAGCAGAGAGACGAGAACCAGAGAGAGGACCAGGCCGGACCCAGCCCAACCCAGCCUAGCCCAGCACUACCUAACCUAACUCCUCCCAGGCCUAGUCUACCUAACCAAGCCCCAACCACUGCCUUACCCUCCAUCUUACCUGCUUCCUUACCCUCCCAACCCCUGCUCACCGAUGUCUCUGUUAGACCGUCAGUGCUAACACUAGCAGUGUCCAACACCCCUCUAAAGAAAGACACUUCUAAGGGUAGCAAGGUGAAGGUGCUGCCCUCUCCUGACGAGGAUGACCUGUUUGGGUCCGACAGCCUCUUCGGGUCUGCCCCUGCCCCAGGCCCCAAACUCACCACCCCCUCACCCAUACUCACUACUCCAUCCCCCAAAUACACAACAAAGACUACAGAGGGCGAAGUGACGUCGAAGAAUGAGAGUGAGAAGGAGAAGGAGACGACCCCUCAGUCCCUCUUUGACGACCCCAUGGGUGACCUGUUCAAGAAGGUGAAGCCGAGGUCGGCUAAGAAGGCCAAGGCAUCUUCCUUCCUGGAGGAUGAGGAGAAGGAUGAAGAGGAUAUCUUUGGGCUGGGAAAGAGUUCCACUCCCACUACUGCUGCUGGUGGUAAAGACACUAAGGCUGGGAGCAACUCUACUCCCAAGCAGGACAUCUUCCAGGUAUUGGUCAUGAUGAUCAAUAUUGUCAGUCAAUUGAACUAUCAGUCAGUCUGUUUAUGAUUUCAGUUUUAAAAUAUAUUGUGCAGGCCGGAAUUUACAAUAACUUUUCAUUGUAACAGUCUAAAUGCAGUUGGUCUGUCACAGCGCAUGCUGGGUCAGCACAUCUGUUUAUCCAACAGUCACGAUCUCUGCAACAGGAGGAGGAAACAAAUCAAUAUAUUCCUUGGAAAGUGUGUGUGUGUCGUGUCUGUGUGUGCUUCUGGUCUGAAUAUGUCUGUUUCUGUUUUCACAGGAUGAAGCAGAGACGCCACCCAAAACCCACAUAAAGCACAAAGAGAAAUCCCUGGAUGCCAGCCUCUUUGACGACAACGUUGACAUCUUUGCUGAUAUGACGGCCACUUCAAAACCAAAAGAGAAGAAGUCCAAGAAGGUGGAGACUAAAUCAAUAUUUGAUGAUGAUAUGGGUGAGUGUUUGCAGUGCACAGAUUUCAGAAUAUCUAUAACUUGCUUGUUUAUUGUUCCUCAAUAACUGUUUCAACAUGUAUGUUGAAAUUCACCACACACACAGACAAAUACAGGUAUACCUGCACACCACAGGAGGUUGGUGGCACCUUAAUUGGGGAGAACGGGCUUGUGGUAAUGACUGGAGCGGAAUCAGUGGAAUGGUAUCAAAUAUAUCAAACACAUGGUUUCCAGGUGUUUGAUGCCAUCCCAUUCACACCUUUCCGGACAUUAUUAUGAGCCGUCCUCCCCUCCGCAGGCUCCUGUGGUACACACACACAAAAACAAACUCACACACAUAGUCUUACAAUGCCAUUGCCACCAGGUUGAACUGAAACAUUUACAGUACUGUCCAUACUUCUCUCUCUGCAGAUGACAUCUUCUCUCCCAGCACUGUGAAGCCAGUGGCCAAGCAGCCUCCAUCCAAGUCCAAGAAGAGCCCUCCCUCCCAGGACACCAGUGCAGCGGACGACUCGGGCAACAUCUUUGACGACCCUCUCAACGCUCUGGGCGGGAACUGAACCGUGGACCGUUCCUGAGGAGCUAAAACAUUGGCUGCAUCCCAAAUGGCACCCU